ACAGCCCUUGCUCUUCGCUCCAAUCUUUCAACUAACUAAUUCAACAUAAUCUGCUUUACGGAAUAACAAGAAGAGAAGAAAAAAGAGAAGAAAAAAUGGCUUCCAUGUUCUCCCUCAAGGCGGCCCUCCUCAUGGCCGCCGCCUCCCUGGCCCCCCUAACCAACGCCCAAACCUUCUCGCUCUGCAACCCCGUCAAGGGCGAAGACUGUUCCCCCAACCCCGCCUUCGGCGGCUCGGCCUCCUUCGACUUCACCACCGCCAGCAGCAUCGCCGACCUCGAGUCCUUCUGGUCCGUCGACGGCGGCAUCGUCUACGGCGACGCCAGCCAAGUCGGCUUCGACUCUUCCACGGGCCUCAAGCUCUCCAUCUCGUCCGAGAACCACUCCCCGACCCUGACCUCCAAGAACUACCUCCUCUUCGGCCGCGUCGAGGUCGUGCUCCGCGCCGCCCCCGGCCGCGGCAUCGUCACCAGCGUCGUCCUCCAGUCCGACGCCCUCGACGAGGUCGACUGGGAGUUCGUCGGCGCCGACCAGCGCCAGGUCCAGACCAACGUCUUUCGCCUGGGCGUCGAGGACUACACCAACGGCCGGUACCACGCCGUCCGCUCCAACGCCAUGUCCGAGUUCCACACCUACGUCCUCGACUGGACCAAGGACUCCCUCGUCUUCUCUGUCGACGGCACCGUCGUCCGCACCAUCCUCUCCUCCCACAAGGGUUUCCCCCAGACCCCUUGCCAGGUCAAGCUCGGCACCUGGGUCGGCGGCAAGGGCAACUCCCAGGGCCUCAUUGACUGGGCUGGUGGUCUUGUGCAGUGGGGACAGGCUCCCUUUGAUGCUUACUACCGUUCCGUCAGCGUUGUCGAUUAUGGCGCAGGGAAUAGCAACGCCGUUUCUUACGAGUACACCAAGUAUAAGUCCACCUGGCAGUCCAUUAAUGUCAUUACUGGUGAUGCUGAGGAGGAUACUCUGCCCGAGGAUGACGAGGAGGAGCCCACUCUGCCCGAGGGUGAUGAGGAGGAGCCCACUCUGCCCGAGGAUGAUGAGGAGGAGGAUGACGCUACUCUUCCCAAUGACGACUCCGACAAUGGAAGCCAGACUUCUUCCGUCUUCUCUUCUCCCAGUGCUACUCCCACCGACUCCAUCAGCUCUUCUUCCAUCCCGUCGCUGAGCUCCUCCAUCGAUUCUGCUCUCCCUUCUGCUACUUCGCCUCCCGAGGAUGAGGACGAUGCCGAGGACGGCGACGAUACCGAGGAUGGCGACGAUACCGAAGACGGCGAGGAUGAGGAUACCGAGGACGGUGACGCUACCGAAGACGGCGAUAACACCGAUAACACCGAAGACGACGCCGAGGACGCCGAGGACGCCACUCCCGUCACCCCCUGCCCCGUAAACUGCGGCGACAAGGACACCACCAGCACCAUCGUCGUCCCCGGCAACGGCACCGGCCUCUGGCCCACCGGCGCCCCCACCGCCCCCGUCCCCGCCCCCGUCACCACCGGCGACGACUUUGACGACGGCUUCGGCGACGACAACGACGACGACUUCGUCGAGGCCGCCGCCCCCCGCCUCCAGAUGAGCGUCCUUGCUCUCGCCGUCACUUUCCUCGCCUUCCUGUGGUAAAAUCCUCCGAAAAUCCGUCACAGUCGAACGGGUACCACCGCUCCCCCCCCC